UUUUUGCAUCGUCUGCUUCGAGUGCUUCAUCUGCGUUCUUUGAUGAGGUGAUUUUUCUAAUAGUUGACACCAGCAGAGUUCUGUUUCUGCUCUAAAGUGAUAACUCGUGACUUCAAAUUAUAAAGAUUAGCGAAAGGAUCAACAAUAAUGGCGGAUCAAAAAGGUAGCGUUGGAAUCAAUGCAAUUCUUUUGGGACCACCUGGCUCCGGCAAAGGAACUCAGGCCCCUCGUCUUAAAGAGAAGUAUUGUGUUUGCCAUUUGGCCACUGGUGACAUGCUGCGUGCUGAAGUAGCCUCAGGUUCAGAUUUGGGAAAGACUUUAAAAAAGACUAUGGAUGAAGGACUUUUAGUCAGUGAUGAACUGGUCGUGAAUCUCAUUGAUGCAAACCUUUCAAAACCUGAGUGCAAAAAUGGUUUCCUACUUGAUGGCUUUCCUCGCACUGUGGUCCAAGCAGAAAAGUUGGAUGGUCUUCUUUCUGAACGUAAGAAGAAAUUGGAUUCUGUCAUUGAAUUUGGGAUAGAUGAUAGUCUAUUGGUACGCCGUAUUUGUGGACGAAUGAUUCAUUCAGCAAGCGGUCGUAGUUACCACGAAGAAUUUCACCCUCCCAAAGAACCAAUGAUUGAUGAUGUAAUUCAAAUAAUAGAUUUUUUUUCUUUAACUAAAAAUAUUAAUCCAUUUAAAUGCAUCAAGGUCACCGGAGAACCAUUGAUUCGCCGUUCGGAUGAUAAUGCUGAAACUUUGACGAAACGCUUGGUGUCGUACCACCAACAGACUUCGCCACUGGUCGACUAUUACUCCAAAAAGGGGAUCCAUACGAGGGUUGAUGCUUCGUUAUCGUCUCAUGAAGUCUUCAGAAAUAUUGAGAAAAUUUUCUCUGGUGCCAAGUCUAAAGACAAGGUCAUGUUCAUCUAGGGCUAGAGUAUUUAUCGACUCUAUACCAAAUUGAUCAUGUUGCAGUUUAUAAACGACUUUUGGAAAUGAAAGUGCACUAUAGAAGUAGAGUGUAAUGACUAUUUCAGUUUUGGGGGGAUUUAAAAAAAAUAAAUACCAGGCUCGCCUGUAAUUGUUGACAA